CCCAGGACAGAACACUGCAGCUGCUUCUGAAGGAGAGUUACAUUAUGAACCCCCCCUAAUCCGUCCUCUCCUCUGAUUGGUCAGUCUGGAUCACAUUAUGAGCUCCACCUUCUCUCAUUCGCUUCUGGUGUCUCCCCCUGCUGGACUCUGUGAGGACCACAGCAGCUCUCAGGCAUCAGACUCUUAUUCAGGCCCUGCUCCCUUUCUUUUCUACCCCCCCAACAUGGACCCCACCCACCUGGGCUUCUACAGGAGCCACCUGCGGGCCCACAGUCGGCAAGGGCUCCUACCUUAUCUGGCCCCUUUCCACCACCACGGGCCAUUCAGUGUCUACGAGUGUCCCUUCGAACCGGCUUUCAUCCAGAAGCGGAACGAGCGCGAGCGUCAGCGGGUGAAGUGUGUGAACCAGGGCUACGCCAAGCUACGAGACCACCUGCCGGGUCACAGUGCUGACAAGCGGCUCAGCAAGGUGGAGACACUGCGGGCUGCCAUCAGGUACAUCAAGUACCUUCAGGGCCUGGUAGAGCCGGAGGACGGGGUUCACAGCGAGACCAAGUCUCCUGAGAUCAGGUCACCGGGACCGAACUGCGGUGGAGAGGCGUUCGUGUGUCAACAUUCAGCAACUGGAUGCACCUGACAUCACUGCUAUCACAGACAGGACUCACUUCCUAGCACCUCUGUGAUGUCAUUAAAGAGGAGGAGUCAUGGACAAUAACCUGGACCAGGAUCAGACCAAGUCCUGCUGAGGUCCAGGUCCCUCUUCGAUCAUAAAAAUGGUUCUGAACUCCUGAUCUUUUAAAAAUAAGUAAAUGUAAGAACAAAAAUAUUGUUUUAUCAAAUAUGAUCCUGAACAUGAUUCUGAAAGUCCAUGUUCCUGAAGGUCCAUGUUCCAGAGGGUCCAUGUUCUUGAGAGUCCAUGUUCCUGAGGGUCCAUUUUCCUGAGGGCUUGUGUUCCUGAAAGUCCAUGUUCCUUAAAAUCCAUGUUACUGAACAUUCAUGUUUCUAAACAUUCAUGUUCCUGAAGGCCCAUGUUGUUGCAGAUUUAUGUUCCAGUCCUCCAUCCUGGUUGUGUACAUCCAGAAAUGCCCUCACUGAUCAUAUAUGGUAUCUUUACACCUGUUUAGAAACCACCUGGAAACUGAUUAUGUUACUCCUCAGAGUAAUAGAGGAAAAAGAAUAAAUCUCUACUGAGUUUGAAGCCACUUAAACAUUUCUGUAAACUUCACUUAUUCAGUUUCAGUUAGCACUGAUUUAUCAGGAGGAAACAAA